AUGCCGCCCACCCUCUUCCAGAAGCUCUUCAACAAGAAGCACGGACUCAUCUCCCCGGCCAGGGACCCCCGGGACGACUGCGUUUUCAGCUGGCCUCUGCCAGAGUUUGACCCGAGUCAGAUCCGACUGAUUGUGUAUCAGGACUGUGAGAGAAGAGGACGGAAUGUCUUGUUUGACUCCAGCGCCAAGAGGAAAAUCGAGGACGUUUCGGUGUCGAAACUCUGCAGCGAUGCACAGGUGAGAGUGUUUGGGAAAUGCUGCCAACUGAAGCCUGGAGGAGACAGCUCUUCUUCCUUGGAUAGUUCAAUCAAUUCCUCCUCCUCCUUCUCUGACCCAAAAGAGCAAUGCCCAAAAUACCAGGGCUCUCGAUGUUCCUCAGAUGCUAACAUGCUGGGAGAGAUGAUGUUUGGCUCUGUGGCCAUGAGCUACAAGGGCUCCACAUUGAAAAUUCACCAGAUUCGCUCACCUCCUCAGCUCAUGCUCAGCAAGGUUUUCACAGCUCGCACUGGAAGCAGCAUCUAUGGAAGUCUGAACACGUUGCAGGACAGUCUUGAGUUCAUUAAUCAAGACAGCAACACAUUAAAGCCUGACCACAGUACAAUUAUGAAUGGACUUCUUGGGAAUAUAGGUCUUUCACAGCUUUGCAGCCCUAGGCGGGCAUUCUCAGAGCAAGGUCCGCUCCGCCUGAUCCGGAGCGCCUCUUUCUUUGCAGUUCACAGCAACCCUAUGGAUAUGCCUGGAAGGGAGCAGAAUGAGGACAGAGACAGCGGUAUAGCAAGAUCUGCCUCUCUCAGCAGUCUGCUCAUCACUCCGUUUCCAUCUCCGGGCUCCUCGUUUAACAAAAGCUGUGCUAGCAGCUACCAGCGGCGUUGGCGGCGCAGCCAGACGACCAGCUUGGAGAACGGAGUCUUCCCUCGAUGGUCCAUGGAUGAAAGCUUUAACUUGUCAGAUGACAGCUCUGGCCCUAGCCCAGGAAUUGUCAGGAAGAAAAAGAUAGCAAUUGGAGUUAUUUUCUCACUCUCAAGAGAUGAAGAUGAAAACAACAAAUUUAAUGAGUUCUUCUUCUCACACUUCCCUCUUUUUGAGAGUCACAUGAACAAACUGAAGAGUGCAAUAGAACAGGCUAUGAAAAUGAGUCGCAGAUCAGCUGAUGCCAGUCAGCGGAGUUUGGCAUAUAACAGAAUCGUGGAUGCCCUUAAUGAAUUCAGAACAACAAUUUGUAACCUCUACACGAUGCCACGGAUUGGGGAGCCUGUCUGGCUUACAAUGAUGUCAGGAACACCAGAAAAGAAUCAGCUUUGCCAUCGUUUCAUGAAGGAAUUCACUUUCUUGAUGGAAAACGCUUCCAAAAACCAGUUUUUGCCAGCUCUCCUGACUGCAGUCCUGACUAACCACUUGGCCUGGGUCCCCACCGUCAUGCCGAAUGGCCAGCCACCCAUAAGGAUCUUCCUGGAGAAGCAUUCUUCCCAGAGUGUGGACAUGCUGGCCAAAACUCAUCCCUACAACCCACUGUGGGCACAGCUUGGUGACCUCUAUGGGGCCAUUGGAUCACCUGUGAGAUUGGCCAAAACAGUUGUGGUUGGCAAGAGGCAUGACCUGGUACAGAGGUUGCUUUACUUCCUUACUUACUUCAUCAGAUGCUCUGAGCUUCAAGAGACACAUCUCCUAGAGAACGGCGAAGACGAAGCCAUCGUCAUGCCUGGAACUGUUAUAACCACCACGCUGGAGAAAGGAGAGGUGGAGGAAUCUGAGUAUGUGCUUGUCACCAUGCACAAGAACAGGGGCAACCUGCUGCCAACCGAGUCUGAAGAGAUGAGAACGUCAAACUGUAGCUGUAGAUACUGCAAGUGUCCCAUUUCCCUCGCACAGAACAUAGAAGGUGUUGCGCAGCAGGAGAGAGAGGACGCGCAGAACACUCCUAAGGGAGAGCUGGAAUCUUCUUCAGAUGAGAAUAGGACUAUUGUUCCUGAUGAGUGCCAGGAAGAUGAGGUGAAGCAGCCCAGACCCUGCCUGGACACCACAGUAGAGAGCGUGGUGUGCACAGGGGCAGCUUCCCCAGAGAAACGUGUGGUGGCGGAACCAGGCUUGGAGCCGGCAGCCAGCGCCUGGAGGAGCGAGGAGCCCCUGGAGGCGGGCAGCCAGGCGGGCAGCGGAGCCAGGUCACCUGGCAUUGCUGUGGAGAAGAAGCCACCAGAUAAGCUCUUCUGUGAUGCCUUUCCUUGCAGUGCUGCAGAAGCUCAGACAAAGGUGACUUUCCUCAUUGGAGACUCCAUGUCACCCGACUCAGACAUCGAGCUCCGAAGCCAGGCAGUAGUGGAACAAAUCGCUAGGCACCACAGCCCGCCAGCGCCAGAGGAAGGAGUGUCUGCUGAGCAGAACUGUGAAGCCAAACAAACUGUUGAGGACCAAAAUAGAGACUGUGGGACAGCUGAACCCUUUCCUCAAGCUGCUAGUGAGCACCAGAGCUGGAACCCAAACCUCUACAAUGCGGAGAGCAUGAGCCUGUUUGAUGAGUAUUUUACCGACGAGAGUUCAGUUGAAACCCGGACUAUUGAUGAUAUUCCAGGGCAAGCAGCUCCAGAUCUCCUUGCUCACACCAGUAGUUUAGAGUUUGCUACAAAGCUGGGUACAAAGGCUGGCAAAGCACCCAGCCAGUUUUGUAGAUUUAUGGACUCUGUUCGACAGGAGACCUACAAAAACUGCUUCAAUGAGCAGGACCAAAGAGAGAAGAUCUCUAUUCGCGUCCCCCAUGGGGACAAAGAAAACCUAGAGAAGAAGGUGGCCCCGGGAAUUGAUUGGGACAUUCCAAGAAAUGAGAGCUCAGACAGUGCCCUGGGUGACAGUGAGAGCGAGGACACAGGGCAUGAUCUAACUAGACCGAGUGGUAACUACUAUGGAGGAGAGCAAGAAGACUGGGCAGAAGAAUAUGAGAUUCCUUUUCCUGGGUCAAAAUUAGUUGAAGUGAACUCUGUCCAGCCCAGUAUUGCCAAUUUUGGAAGGUCCUUGCUAGGUGGCUACUGUUCUUCUUAUGUGCCCGACUUCGUUCUGCAAGGCAUAGGAAGCGACGAGAAGCUGAGGCACUGCUUGGUGUCAGAUCUGUCUCAUGCUGUGCAGCAUCCUGUGCUGGAUGAACCCAUCGCAGAAGCUGUCUGCAUUAUUGCAGACACAGACAAAUGGACGGUGCAAGUGGCCAGUAGCCAGAGAAGGAUGAUUGAUAAUAAACUGGGGAAAGAAGUGUUGGUCUCCAGUCUCGUCUCCAACCUGCUUCAUUCCACUCUUCAGCUUUACAAGCAUAAUCUAUCUCCAAACUUUUGUGUUAUGCACCUGGAGGACCGGCUGCAGGAGCUCUACUUCAAAAGCAAGAUGCUGUCCGAGUACCUCAAGGGCCAGAUGCGAGUCCAUGUCAAGGAGCUGGGCGUGGUGCUGGGGAUCGAAUCCAGUGACCUCCCCUUACUGGCAGCUGUAGCAAGCACUCACUCUCCGUAUGUUGCUCAGAUACUUCUUUAAACUGCCAGAGCCCACAGACGUUGACUUUUUCUCCCCUCUGGAAACACAGUGGAAGACAACUUGUUCUGGCUUCUUUCUCUUGGAAGCAACUAAACCAGACUGCUCACUGAGCUGCAGCACCUCUGUAUGUGACUGCACGUCCUGCAGUCACUUGGAGACUUCUCCUCUCCCACUUGGUCGUUUAUAAAACAGGAUGAAGAAAGGAACAAAGAGCAAGGAGCAAGCCUGAGAUUUCAGCCACAGGAAAGGAAGGAUUUGAGGGUUUUUUACCACUUUCUGCCACAGUGGCUGACUGUCAUUUGUACUGGGGAGCUCAGGGAGAACUGCUUUGACACAUCCCUGAUGCUCACCAACUAUGAACCUCACCCAAGAGUGAAGCAGCUGGCUUCAGACUGGCUUCCCCUGGUUGGGACCCCGCU